AUGAGUGAGGCAGGCUCGUCAUUCCCAGUCACUGGCGAUGACACAUCAGAAAGCGACCCUUCUACAGCUCCUACCAGCAAGUUCCCGACUCCGGCUGCCGCCGACAUUCCAGAAGCCUUGAAAUCACACAUUGAGGUCAGGGUCCCGUCUGGCGGCCCUGCGCGACAGCGCCAUGACCGCAACAGCGAGUACGCAAUGAGGCCACGAACAAUCAUCGCAGACAGCGAAGAAGAUGAAAACGACGAAGACUCGUUUCAUAGCGCUGUUGACUACACCAUGGCCCGGGACCUUCAGAAGCUCGAAAAUAAAAAAGCGGGAUCUUCGACUCCAUCCGCCACUACCAAGCGCGGUAGAACCUCGACUGUUUCAUCCAUCGCAACUGGCCAUCCUUCAAAGAAAGCAAAGAUCUUGCACAGCGGGAUCGAUGUUGAUGAUGAUGCUGCGCUGGCGCUUCGGCUGCAGAAUGAUGAGUACAUCAAAGAUUCAGACGCCGAUUCAGACGCCGACUCAGACGCCGAUUCGGAAGAUGAUAUGCCUUUGAGCGCUACCCGUAAGAGGCGCGCGGCUACCAUCAACUCCAGAGUCGGAGCAGAAUUGCCCGGUGAUCUCCUGAGUGCCGAGUCUGAUAACCUGCCCCCUGGCUACGCUGCGACGGAAUCUAGUGCGAUAUCGUCCAUUGGCUCGGGGCUGGAUUCCGCUCCUACUAGUGAUUCAGAGUCGGCUUCCACUGCUCCUGCGCGCCGCAUCACGGAGACACGGCGAGGAUACGUACGAUCUCGUCAUACCGGUCGGGCUCAAAAAGAGCGCAACAGACUUGAAAAACACCAUUCGGAAAUCCUCACGAUGUGGGAUGACUUGCGGGCUAAGCCAGUCAUUAAUGCUGGCAAAGCUGAGCAGCCGCUGAACAUUUCACGUCGGUUGAAGCCGUUCCAGCUUGAAGGUCUUGCUUGGAUGAAAGAGAUGGAGAAGCAGGAAUGGAAAGGUGGCCUGCUGGGCGACGAAAUGGGCCUAGGAAAAACCAUACAGGCCGUGUCGCUCAUCAUGUCUGAUUACCCAGCCAAGCAACCGUCUCUCGUGCUGGUUCCUCCAGUUGCACUGAUGCAGUGGCAGUCUGAGAUUAAAUCCUACACCGAUGGAACCCUCAAAACGUUUGUUUUUCAUGCGACAAACCAGCAAGUCAAAGGCAUCACCAUCAAAGAGCUCAAGAAGUACGAUGUCAUAAUGAUGUCGUACAACAGUCUUGAGUCCAUGUACCGGAAGCAAGAGAAAGGCUUCACGCGCAAGACUGGCAUUCACAAAGAGCAGAGUGUAAUCCACUCUCUGCACUUCCAUCGGAUCAUCCUCGAUGAAGCGCACAGCAUCAAGACCCGUAGCACCAUGACUGCGAAAGCCUGCUUCGCCCUGAAGACAAACUACCGGUGGUGCUUGACAGGCACUCCAUUGCAGAACCGUAUUGGGGAGUUUUUCUCUCUUAUUCGCUUUCUCAAUGUCAAGCCGUUUUCCUCAUACCUGUGCAAGCAAUGUCCUUGCUCAACGAUGGAGUGGUCGAUGGAUGAGGAGCGAAGAUGCUCACAAUGCAACCAUUCGGGUAUGCAGCAUGUAUCGGUCUUCAAUCAGGAGCUGCUCAAUCCCAUUCAGAAAUAUGGCAACAUGGGCCCUGGUCGGGAGGCCUUCCAAAAGCUCCGCCUCAUGACUGAACGCAUCAUGCUCCGGCGCCUCAAAAAGGACCAUACCAACUCGAUGGAGUUGCCUGUGAAAGAAAUUCAGAUUGACCGGCAAUUCUUUGGCGAGGAAGAGAACGAUUUUGCAAACAGCAUCAUGACGAGUGGCCAACGCAAGUUUGAUACCUACGUUGCUCAAGGUGUUUUGCUCAACAACUAUGCCAAUAUCUUUGGUCUGAUCAUGCAGAUGAGACAAGUUGCGGAUCACCCAGAUCUCAUUCUGAAGAAGAAUGCCGACGGUGGGCAGAAUGUCCUUGUUUGCUGCAUCUGCGACGAGCCAGCUGAGGACACGGUCAAAAGUCGUUGCAAGCACGACUUCUGCCGUGCCUGUGUGGCUGGAUACGUCAAAUCCACAGAUACUCCUGACUGCCCGCGAUGUCACAUCCCUCUCGCUAUCGACUUGGAGCAACCAGAGAUUGAACAGGAUGAGAACCACGUCAAGAAGUCGUCGAUUAUCAAUCGCAUCAAGAUGGAGAACUGGACCUCUUCGUCAAAGAUUGAGCUUCUGGUUCAUGACCUACAUCAGCUCCGCUCGGACAACGCCACCCACAAAUCCAUCAUCUUCUCGCAGUUUACCACCAUGUUGCAGUUGAUCGAGUGGCGCCUCCGUCGUGCCGGCAUCACCACUGUCAUGCUCGAUGGCAGCAUGACUCCAGCCCAGCGUCAGGCCUCGAUCGAACACUUCAUGAACAACGUGGAUGUUGAAUGCUUUUUGGUUUCGCUCAAAGCUGGCGGCGUGGCCCUGAACCUGACUGAGGCAUCCCGUGUCUUCAUUGUUGACCCGUGA